CUGUCUUGUCCAAUAAGCCCACUAAACGGAAUACCGUGGCCCAAACUAUUGCCCUCCGUCUGGGCAAGGCGCAAUCCAGUCGCUUCUUUCUGCUCUCUCACGAGUCACGACUCAAAGCACAGAUUAGUUCUGAGUUGUGACCUUCGCGAAGAACUCUCAGUUGCGCCCACUGAGCUCUAUUUUUCCUUAAACCCUACUCACCGCCGAUAGCUUCAUGCCUUUCGGGGCCGUCACUUCUCAGGCAUCCGCCAUUGAAUCUUGGAACACGGUAACUGACUAAAGAGAGUUUUUUUUUCCCCUCAAGAAAUGGCGCUGGAUGGUAGCAGAUGACCACCCUCUUAUCCUUCACUCCGCGACCUCUCAGGGUUCGAGCCUCCGCAAUCGCUUCCAUUACCAACCUUCACUUUCACACUCAAGGUGGAUCGCCGGAUAGGGAGGAGGUAAUGAUAAUCAAGAACCAGGAGGAAGAAGCUUGGUUUGUUAAACUCGCGUCGACGCUCUUCUUCGUCAAUUUGCGUUCUUUGGAUCCCUGUUUGUCAUAUCUUCGAGGGAAGUUGACCCCUUCGAUUGCGGUUGAGGUGAUUAAGAGGUUUAAGGACGUCCCUGAAGUAGGGUUCAAGUUCUUGGAGUUCAGUAGAUCGAAUCUGAACCUAAUCCAUUGCUUUGGUACUUAUAAUUGGAUGAUAAGGUCAUUUUGUCAAAUGGGUAUGCUUGAUAUGGCGGAACUUCUGUUUCAUUACAUGAGGGGAGACGGGCAUUUUCCUGAUGGUAAUCUGUCGUGGUUUAUGAUUACUGAAUUCGUUCGAGCUCGAAGAUUCGAUCUCGCCGGUAGUUUACUCUCAGAGCUGAGGGGAAUGGGUGUUCAGAUUAGUCCUUUUCUGUAUAAUAACCUGUUGAAUGAACUGGUCAAGUCGAAUCAAGUGCAGGAAGCUAUCAUUUUGUUCAAAGAGUUUCUGGCAUUGCAGGCUAGUCCCGAUACUUGGACUUUCAACAUUCUAAUCCGUGGUCUUUGCAGAGUAAGGGAGGUUGAUAAAGCAUUCGAGUUUUUGAACGAUAUGAGGAGUUUCGGUUGUUUGCCUGAUAUUGUUACGUACAACUCUCUUAUAAAUGGACUCUGUAGGAUAAAUGACUUGGAUAGAGGCCGUGGGUUAUUGCAGGAGCUGCAAUCUAGCAAUGAUUGCUCCCCAGAUGUUGUCAGUUACACUUCAGUUAUAUCAGCGUUUUGCAAAUCGGGGCAGAUGGAGGAUGCUUAUAUUCUUUUCCAGGAGAUGAUUAGGACUGGGGUUAAGCCCAGCACAAUCACUUUCAACGUUCUAAUUGAUGGAUAUGGCAAGAACAGUAACAUGGUUGCAGCAGAAGCCAUCUAUGAAAAGAUGGGCCAUUUCGGUUGCUCUCCUGAUGUGGUUACCUUCACUUCCUUGAUCGAUGGUUAUUGUCGAAGUGGACAGGUGAACAUGGGUUUGAAGCUUUGGGAUGCGAUGAGAACUAGAAACAUGAUGCCCAAUUCGUAUACAUAUUCCAUUCUUAUUAAUGCUCUUUGCAAAGAGAAUAGACUUCAUGAGGCUCGUGGGUUUUUGAAUGAACUAAAGUCGAGUAAUGUCGUGGCACGACCAUUCAUGUAUAAUCCGGUAAUUGACGGGUUUUGCAAGGCAGGAAAUGUGAAUGAGGCGAAUCUCAUUGUCCAGGAGAUGGAAGAGAAGAAGUGCAUUCCUGACAAAGUGACAUUUACCAUACUCAUUGUUGGUCACUGUAUGAAAGGUAGAAUGGCUGAUGCAAUUGGUAUUCUCAAUAAGAUGUUGACUAUUGGUUGUGCCCCAGAUAGCAUUACCAUAAGUUCGUUGACAUCUUGCCUUUUGAAAGCUGGGAUGGCUAGUGAAGCAUACAGAGUAAAGCACAUGUUAGUUCAGGACCUCAACUCAGGUCAAUCAAGUUGUAGGAAGAUUGACCAUCUUAUUAGAGCUAGAGAUAUCCCUGUGGCAGCUUGAGAAGGUGGGUUGAAAAGCAUACAUUGAAUUGGCUUAUUGGACCCUUGUCUGGAUCCUUGCUCCUUCUACCUCCUGCCCUCGGCUUGUAGCAUAAAAACUAAAUUGACAUACAAUUCAGGAAGAGCAGGUACCUUUAUCCCAUCUGUAAGACCUUUCCACAUCAAGAACAUCAAUUUUGCAGUUUAGCAUAACUUUCAUUGUUGCUGAUUCUGUCUUCAUUCAGCAUUUGUGUACGUUUUCGACAUUUACAUAUGCAAUCAUCAACAAAGUCCUUUGCACUGACCUGUCCUCAAACCGGGGAGCUGGGCAGAAGGCUUUGCUCUAACCGAAGCGUAGAAAGGCAAACCCAGAGGCCACCUUUCUCUUCUUCUUAAUGAUUGGAAGUUGAUUGAGUAAAUAUCCUUUGGAUGGUGAACUGAUUAACAGACGCUGUACAGUCUGUCUGUUAGCUAAAUUCUAGGUUCCAUUAUCAAGUCUGUUGAGGUUCGUGGGAGGGUACUGAUACCGUUUGUAUCAAAUUUGUGUGCACCGUCCGGCAUGCAGCUAAUAUUUUCAAUUUGAAGUUGGCCAGCAAGGGUCCACAGUUUCAUAAUUCCUGACAUGACAUUUCCUGUCCAGCAGUUGCAAAAGGUACCUGGUGAGCUCUUCUCACAACUUCUCAAUCUUUUCUUUCUAAGAAGCUGUCUUUGAACUUGAGAUUGGUGGCCUCUUAAUUUGAACCUGUUGGGCUUCUGUUUUCUAUAUAUUACUGCUAAUAAAAGUGAUGGCUUUAGGUGGGUUAAUGACCAAUAUGGUCACUAUACUCAUCUAUGUAGAACAAAAUAGCUACUGAACUCUGAUUUGAGUCAACUAAAGCACUUAACUCGGCCAUAUAGGUCAGACUAAGCUCUGCUCUGGUCAUAGAAUAUACUCAGAAAUUCUAGCAUAACCCCAAAUCAAACUUACUUUGUAAAAAUGAGAUUUUUUUUUCCCCUUGAGACUCUAAUGCAAAUUAUAAUGAGUCUACUCCUAGUUUAGAACUACUCAAUCUCUUAUGAAGUAGAAAAUUAUUUACAAUAUGCUUCCAUCGACUUGUCAUUAAAAUCUAAUGUGAUCUGGGGAACCUAGCUGAGUUGUCAUGGGAAGCUAACCCCGACAUGUUGAUCUAGAUAACAAAACCUGAAGUCUGCAUCUAUGUGAAAGUCCCGAUAUCGCACUGCAGUUCUUCUACAACGCCUCAUGUCCUGAAGUUUGUCAAACCAUCGUUCUAAAUGCCACGAUUUGUGUUGUUUCUGUUUCAGGCAGUGGUUUGAUGUGCCUUGCUGCGGAGGUGAUUGGAUUUGGUUAUAGCAGGAAAUAGAAGUUACCUUUCUCAAACAGCUUGACAUGGGAGAUUAUUGAUUGCACGGCAACGGCAAUAGAAAGCUCAAAAUUUCGAAUGGUCAGACAGAGCAUGGCUUUGGGUACAUUGCCUUGUUCUCUGCACUGCGGAGAGUUUGUCAAUCGUUGUAAUAAUGUUCAACUCGAAAUUGCGCACUACAUUAUUUGGAGUACUUCUGUUUUCUUCACCAAAUUUUAUGUACACCCACGCAUCAGACGACAUUUCUAACCUUGGAAUUUAUCAUACCGAAUUAUCAAUUGUAGACACGCUAAGCCCAAGCUACUGAUCCUUUCAUGUUCUUAUUUAGCAAAUAGAGUCUCGUAACAAUGCGAGACUAAUACACGAAUUUUUGUGCA